UUCUCAUCGAAGUCUUGCACGAGGUCGAUCUCUUUAAGGAGGACUCGAAGGAGGCGGAGGAGCGCUUUUUUCAGGUUUGCGGUUAAGUCGUUGGCAUCGGUGAGCCAGCUGAAUCUUCUUUUGUAAUAGCGCGUUGGGCAUCAAUUAGAAAUGCUUCGCGGUUUACAUCACCCCAACAUUGCUCGAUUUCAAGGAUGGAUGGUGAAGCUCGAAGAUGAAUCUUGGCUUCGCGCGAAAGCUGUCCAUGCGGGUUGUGAAGGAGGGAGAGUCAUGGCUUAUCUCAACGCCAAUUCAGAUGCAGAUCGUCGGAACUUGGUUCUUGGAGUUUGUCGAGGGCUUUCAUAUCUUCAUUCUAACAAAAUCGUUCAUGGUAAUCUCAAUCCGAGCAACGUCCAUGUCGACCACAAUGCCGGUGACAGGCAACCCGUUCCUCGAAUUAGCGGGUUUGAAUCCUCUUACGUCGUCACCAAUGAUCUCGCCAACCUUAAAAUGGAAGACACACACUAUGCGCCCUUAAGAUACACCCCCCCAGAAGUCCUGGCGCAGCCGGGAGUUCUGUGCAGCCAGGAAGGUGACAUUUGGUCUUUCGGAUGUACAUCGUCACAGAUGCUCCUUGGAAAACGCCCUUACGAGAGUAUCCGAAAUGAUUACCACAUUCCAUCGGUAGUCGCGAGACAUGUGGACCCCUAUGCGUGGGACUCUGUGGAUUCUUUCUAUGAGGUACUUCGGAGUUGCCUCGUGCAUGACCCUUCUCGACGUACCACCUCCAGUGACAUCGCCAAACGUUUAGAGUAAGCCGUAGGCCCCUUCCUUCAUCGUUUAGAGUGAACCUGGAAUUCGGUACUAGAUUGGUCGUCGCUCCUCCAGAAUACGAACCCCAGCCUCUCGAAGUGAAUGAACGCAAUCUGACGGAUAGAUUCCAAAUUGGAGAUAGAACUGGAGAUGACUAUACGGUUGCAGGCGCGUUCCCUGGCCACAUGGAAGACAUUCAACA